AUGCAGAGCGAUGAUGUGAUAUGGAGCAUUAUAAACAAAUCAUUCUGCUCAUACAAAGUCAAAACAAAGAGCCAGCUUUUCUGCAGAAAUGAGUUCAGUUUGACUGGUCUGUGCAAUCGUUCCACAUGUCCAUUGGCCAACAGCCAGUAUGCCACAGUCAGAGAAGAAAAAGGUGUCUGUUACCUGUUUGUCAAGGCAAUCGAAAGAGCCGCAUUUCCUCGCAGGAUGUGGGAAAAGAUCAAGUUGUCUAGGAAUUAUGCCACAGCUUUGAAACAGAUUGAUGAGAAUUUGAUUUAUUGGCCUAAGUAUAUGAAGCACAAAUGUAAACAAAGGUUUACAAAAAUCACGCAGUAUCUCAUUCGUAUCAGGAAACUCACUCUGAAAAGAAGGAAGGAGCUGGUACCACUGAGCAGGAAGGUUGAAAGGCGAGAAUCCAGGCGUGCGGAAAAAGCUUUAAUAGCAGCACAAUUGGACACAGUUUUAGAGAGGAGCUUGCUGCAGAGAUUGAAAGAUGGAAUGUAUGGUGAUAUUUAUAACUUCCCACAAAAAGCCUUUGAUAAGGUGACUGAGGAGGAAGAGAUUUCUACAGAUGAAGAAAUGGAAGAGCAGGUUGAAGAAGAACUGGAGGAAGAGGAUGAACUGGAAUUAGAGGAAGAGGAGGAUUAUGAGGAUGUUGGACAAGUAGAAUAUGUCGCAGAUGAAGAUUUUGAUGAAAGUGACGUUUCAGAUAUUGAAGAUGCAGAUGACACGACAGAUUCAGAAGAAGAAGAAGAAGAAUCUUCUGAAGAAAACGGGAAGAGUAAAGGAAAGAAGAAAGCCAAGAAGCCUCCAGCAUCCAAGAAGAGACCUAAAGUUCACAUAGAAUAUGAAGAAGAGGCACCUUCAACUUCCAGAGCACAAGCAUUAACAUUUUAG